CAUCCUAGCUAGAACUACCACUGGACAAGUUCAGCACAGGUCACAAAUAAUUAAAAGCUUUCAGCCCAAGAAAAAAUAUAGAAAUCAGAUAACAAAACUGCAGAUGGCCACCGGUUAGCUAUAUUGUACGGACAAGUGGCAUAGAAAUAAAAGUGCUGUCAGUGCAAUCAAGAUUACAGCAUUCACAAAGGAAACCUACAGAAAAGGAAAACAAAGCAAGUGAACAAACACAACCUCAACCACAGUGUCUGUCAUAACGUAUGAUAAACAAACACACAAAUAUGUGACAUGGCAAUAUCUCAUAGAACCUUAUUGUAGUUUCAGUUAUUUUAAUUAGUACCUUCAUUUUGAAUUGAAUAAUGGUGCAUUCAGUAACCAGUUUUUCUACAUAGUUCUAAGUCCUUCCCAUAUGCUUUUCUUCAGAAUCUUUAUUUAGUGUUGAAAUAAAAUCAAGUGGCAGACAGAAGCAAACAGCAGAAAACACAGCUCCAUGAGAGCCAUGUUUCGACUUCUGCUGCUUUUGGGGUUUUUCAGCCUUGGUGUCUGUCUUCCUCGUCAGUAUCAGUUCAUUAAUGAGAAUAAGACCUGGUCUGAAGCACAGAGAUACUGCAGAGAGAAUUAUGUCGAUUUAGCCUCUAUUACUAACACUGAAGAGGACUUGGCCAUUACAAACAUAAUAGACAUAUGGAACAGCAGGCGAACCUGGAUUGGACUGUAUGAUGAUCUGAACAGCUGGAAAUGGUCUCUGGAUGAUGAUUCUUUCUACAAGGAGGGAGAGAGAAGCUUUAGAAACUGGUCUAUACAGAAGUCAAUAGGCUGGUAUGAAAUGAGUAUGUGUGUGUAUUCAUCUAUUUUUUAUGGAGCUUGGGGGGAGACAUCUUGUUCCAAUAUGUUUUAUUUCAUUUGCUUUGAUGGCCGAGUAAAUGCCAGUGAAAUAUAUGUCCCGGUUUAUCAGCGGAUGGGCUGGACUGAAGCUCAGAGAUACUGCAGAGAGCAUCACACAGACCUGGCCAGCGUGAGGAACGACACUGAGAACCAGAAGAUUAGAUCAAUGUUUAUUAAUACGUACAUGGAUUAUUCAAUUAUUUGGAUCGGCCUGUACAGAACCAUGUCUUGGUCAGAUAAAAGCAACUCUUCAUUCAGCAACUGGAAACCUGGGCAACCAGAUGGUUAUGGACAGAUUAAAACCUGUACUGCGGUGUCAUUUAAUUAUAAUGAUUAUUAUUCCUAUUAUUAUGGGAAAUGGACUGAUGAAAACUGUGGUGAUGCUUUUCCAUUCUUCUGUUACAGCACAAUGCUACCAUUACCCUCUCAUCAGUAUCACUUCAUUAAUGAGAAUAAGACCUGGACUGAAGCACAGAGAUACUGCAGAGAGAAUUACACUGACCUGGCUACUAUUGAUAACAUGGAGGAAAUGAACACACUCCUUAACACAGUAAAUGGCAGCUACUCAGGUUUAGCCUGGAUUGGACUGUAUGGUGAUGAGGACAGCUGGAGAUGGUCUCUGGAUGAUGAUGCUUUCUACCAGGAGGGAGAGAGAGACUUCAGAGGAUGGUACCAUCAACCUGAUAACUAUAAUGGAAAUGAGAUGUGUGUUUAUGUUACAUCUGAUGGAACCUGGUCUGAUGGAUACUGUAACAAUUAUUUUCAAUUUGUUUGUUCUGAUGGAUGGAAUGGAACAAAAAAUUUCACAUUGAUUAAUCAGCCCAUGUCUUGGACACAGGCUCAGCAUUACUGCAGAGUGUAUUAUACAGACCUGGCCAGUGUGAGGAACCAAGCAGAUAAUGAACAAAUCCUUAAUCUCACAGGUGGCUUUAACACGUGGAUUGGUCUAUACAGAACCAGGCUCUGGUCAGACAAACGGGAAUCUGUGUAUGAAAACUGGAGACCAACCACUCAGUUUAUACCUGAACAGCCAGACAAUGGUUUAAAUGUUAUUUGGGAAUAUGGUUUUCAGCACUGCACUGCUGUAUCUCUCACAGAUUCAGGCUACUGGACAGAUGAGAGCUGCAUAACCACAAUCCCUUUUUUUUGCUAUAAGAAAUCCUGCACAGCAUCCUCAUGUUCCCUCUACCAGUAUCACUUUAUUAAUCAGAAUAAGACCUGGACUGAAGCACAGAGAUACUGCCGAGACAAAUACACUGACCUGGCAACCAUUAACAGUAUAGAAGAUGUGACAAGACUCCUUAAUACAGCCACAGCAUAUGACAUCUACUCAGGUUUAGCCUGGAUUGGACUGUAUGAUGAUCUAAAGAGCUGGAAAUGGUCUCUGGGUGAUGAUUCUUUCUACAGGAAUGGAGAGAGAAACUUUAGAAACUGGUAUAUAAACAAACCAACGAACUGGUAUGGGAACAGAUUAUGUGUAUAUUUUGGGAAUCACUAUGCACAAUGGAGUGAAACAUAUUGUUCUCUUGAACUUCCAUUAAUUUGUUUUGAUGGUAGAGUGAAUGCCAGUCAAAGCUAUGUAUUUGUUAAACAGUACAUGAACUGGACUGAAGCUCAGAGAUACUGCAGAGAACAUUACACAGAUCUGGUCAGCGUGAGGAAUGAGACAGAGAAUUACAGGAUCAGAUUAUUAUUAUAUCGAUCUGAUUAUUAUAUCUAUAAUUAUUAUGACCCUGUUUGGAUCGGCCUGUACAGAACCAGAUCUUGGUCAGAUAAAAGCAACUCUUCAUUCAGCAACUGGAAACCUGGACAACCAGAUAAUUAUGCACAGAAUGAAUCCUGUACUGCUGUGUCAUUUAAUGAUUCUGGAAAAUGGACAGAUGAAACUUGUAGUAAAGGUUUUCCAUUCCUCUGUUACAGCACAAUGUCCUCUACAUCCUCUCGUCAGUAUCACUUUGUGAAUGAGAAUAAGACCUGGACUGAAGCACAGAGAUACUGCAGAGAGAAUUACACUGAUCUGGCUACUAUUGAUAACAUGGAGGAAAUGAACACACUCCUUAACACUGUAAAUGGCAGCUACUCAGAUUUAGCCUGGAUUGGACUGUAUGAUGAUGUGGACAGCUGGAGAUGGUCUCUGGAUGAUGAUGCUUUCUACCAGGAGGGAGAGAGAGACUUCAGAGGAUGGCCACAUCAACCUGAUAACUAUAAUGGAAACGAGAUGUGUGUUUCCAUGAACUACAAAGGGGAAUGGUUUGACAGGCCUUGUAAUGACAGAAAUCUAUUUAUUUGUUAUAAUGGUACAAACAUAUAUGUUCAGAUUUAUAACAGCAUGACCUGGGAAGAAGCUCAGAGAUACUGCAGAGAAAAUUACAUAGACCUGGCCAGUGUGAGGAAUGAGAAUGAACUUCAGCAGAUACUGAGCAUCAUGUAUAUGUAUGUCUAUGAGAUAUGGAUAGGUCUGUAUAGGAGCCGAUUAUGGUCAGAUCAGAGCAACUCAAACUUUACAUAUUGGAGACCAGCAUUUCCAGCACAAAGCCCAGAACCUGAUAAUGGUUUGUAUGUAUAUGGUCAGUAUGGAAAUCAACACUGUACAGCUGUGGAUCAUUCAGGCCAAUGGACAGAUGAAAACUGUUCAGACCGCUUACCUUUUGUCUGCUACACUGAAUUUACUCCAGGUGCUGUUAUGGGAGUGCGACUGAAAACCAGAUCUAAUGACAAUCUCUUAUACUCUGAGGUUGCAGGAUCUGUGCUGAUGGCACUUCAAGAACGAGUUAGCAGACUGGGACUUUCAAAGAACUGCACUGUGACUGUGAGACGCAUCCGUAAGAUCGAUCCAUGAAUGAGAAAGUCCACAUUCAUGCUCAGAUUCAAAAUAUGUAUAUGUUCCAGAUUUUUCUUCAUGUAUUCAGAAAUCAUUCAAUCUGAAAGCAUUCAGGAAUGCUGUAGAGAUCUGUUCAUACAAAAAUACACAUAUCAUAAGCUACUCAUCUUAUAUCACAUAUAAGUAUGUUAUAAGUACUUUACAAUUCUUUUAAACACUCAAACAAUACUGUAACUAAUAUAUUUAUAGAUCCCAAAAGCUUCCCAAUGCCAUCAGGAUUUGACACAUUAUAAUAAUAAUGACUAUAAUUACAAUAUUCUAAUUAGUAAAUGAGUGUGAUUUACAUGUAAUCUUGUAUUUGGUGUUUUGGAAUUAAAUUUAUACUCAUAUAUUGUUUUUCCUCAAAUUAAUUUUAACUAAGAAAAUCUUGAUGUCUUAGAUUUUCUGAUUUGCUCCAAUCAUUUUGUUAACAGUUGCCUGUACUGUAUGUUUUAGGAACACUAUGGGACUAUUUAGU